GUCUUUUCGUUGGAUUCUCCCGAUACUUUCCAAUGUAGCUACAAUCCAUCUUUGAUAGCAGCUCGUAUGGCCAAUAUGGAACGUAUAGCCGAACAAGUGGCCACUUUGUGUGCCACUUUAGGGGAAUAUCCGAGCGUCAGAUAUAGGGCAGACUGGGAGCGUAAUGUAGAACUUGCCCAACUAAUUCAACAGAAAUUGGAUGCCUACAAAGCCGAUGAACCUACAAUGGGUGAAGGCCCUGAAAAGGCCAGGAGUCAACUUUUGAUCCUGGACAGAGGUUUCGAUUGUGUCUCACCAUUAUUGCACGAAUUAACUUUGCAAGCCAUGGCGUACGAUUUGCUACCCAUUGAAAACGAUGUUUACAAAUAUGAAGCGACUGCUGGACAGCCUGAAAAGGAAGUAUUAUUGGAUGAAAAUGAUGAGCUGUGGGUCGACUUGAGACAUCAGCAUAUAGCCGUUGUAUCACAGAACGUUACCAAGAAUUUGAAGAAGUUUACUGAUUCUAAAAGGAUGCCACAAGGUGAUAAGCAGUCAAUGAGAGAUCUCUCCCAGAUGAUCAAAAAGAUGCCCCAAUAUCAAAAGGAGUUGAGCAAGUAUGCGACACAUUUGCAUUUGGCUGAAGAUUGUAUGAAGGCCUAUCAGGGCUACGUAGAUAAACUGUGCAAAGUGGAACAGGACCUGGCUAUGGGCACUGAUGCCGAAGGCGAAAGGAUCAAGGAUCACAUGAGAAACAUUGUGCCGAUAUUGUUGGAUCAGAAUGUUAGCAAUAUGGACAAGGUGCGCAUCAUAGCCCUCUACGUGAUGUCGAAGAAUGGAAUCAGCGAAGAGAAUUUGGGUAAACUGGUGACCCAUGCACAAAUACAACCCGAUGAGAAACAAAUGAUCGUCAACAUGGCUCAUUUGGGCUUGAACGUUGUCGUAGAUGGUAACAGAAAAAAACCAUACACAGUACCACGCAAAGAAAGAAUCACCGAGCAAACUUAUCAAAUGUCCCGUUGGACACCGGUCAUCAAAGACAUCAUGGAGGAUUGCCUCGAAGACAAAUUAGACCAUAGACACUUCCCAUUUUUGGCCGGACGAGCCCAGAGCUCCGGAUACCACGCACCAACCAGUGCUCGUUAUGGCCAUUGGCACAAGGACAAAGGCCAGACGACAGUGAAGAAUGUACCCCGUCUGAUAGUUUUUGUAGUGGGUGGUGUAUCUUAUUCGGAGAUUCGUUGCGCUUAUGAAGUCACGGCCGCUGCCAAAAAUUGGGAAGUGAUCAUCGGUUCGUCUCAUAUCAUCACACCAAAAACGUUCCUCAAGGAUCUAUCACAGUUGGCCGGAUAAAGACGAAAGGUGUGCUUCGAUUUGUAAGGAACGAAAACAAUUCGUGGAAAUCACUUCGAAGAGAUGAAACGCGACAGAUAAUGUGUUAUG